UUCAAACUGGUUUAGUCUUUUCUGUUCUUUGACUCUCCCUCCUAUUCUCCCAAUUAAAUUAACAAUGUCCCUACGGUUUAUGCAAGUGUAGUGCUAUUAAACUAUCCUUCUAUUUUUCAUUUACUCCCCCCCCAGAUCUCUCUGUUUUUUUUUUUUUUUUUUCCUGUUCUUGUCUGAAGGGAGAUUUCUACUAUCUGUGUUUGUUUCAUUGCAUCCAUCUCUUAUCUUUAUUCGUUUCAAUUCACAAACUUUCCAAUACCCUUUUGAUCUUACUCUUGAUAAGCACUGGUUUGAUUCGUGAACUUCGAGGUUUGAUGUUUGAAUGUCUCAGCAUAGAAAAGGAUUUGACUUUCAAUGAGAUUAGAUUUGUUUUGUAAUCAGAUCUUGAUUGCUAUUUUUUGAGGUAUAAGUGUUAUGGGUAACACUUGUGUUGGACCAAGCAGAAAUGGGUUCCUUCACUCUGUUUCUGCUGCAAUGUGGCGGCCAAGAGAUGAUGCAGAUGAUUCGGUUUCCCAGAGCAAUGGAGAUUCUGUUUCAGGAGAGCUUCGUUCUCCAUUGCCUAGUGAAGUCCUGAAUAAACCUCCUGAACAGCUCACAAUGCCAAAGCCAGGUGGCACUAACAUUGAGAUAGAGAGUCAGCCUGAAAGGAAGCUAGAAACGCAAGAGGAGACUAAGCCAGAGGAGACCAAGGAGGAGACUCCAGCUAAGCCGCCUAAGAAGCCCAAACACAUGAAGAGAGUGACCAGCGCAGGCCUCAGGACCGAGUCAGUGCUCCAAAGAAAUACCGAAAACUUCAAGGAGUUCUACUCCUUGGGAAGAAAACUCGGACAAGGCCAAUUCGGAACCACUUUCCUCUGCGUGGAGAAGUCCACAGGGAAGGAGUUCGCCUGCAAGUCCAUCGCCAAAAGAAAGCUAUUAACCGACGAGGACGUGGAAGACGUGAGAAGGGAGAUUCAGAUAAUGCACCACUUGUCCGGUCACCAUAACGUUAUAUCCAUCAAAGGAGCGUACGAGGACGUUGUGGCGGUGCACUUAGUGAUGGAGUGCUGCGCGGGCGGCGAGCUUUUCGAUAGGAUUAUCCAGAGGGGUCAUUACACUGAGAGGAAAGCCGCUGAGCUGACGAGAACUAUAGUUGGUGUCGUGGAGGCUUGUCACUCUCUUGGUGUUAUGCAUAGAGACCUCAAGCCUGAGAACUUUUUGUUUGUUAGUAAAGACGAGGAUUCACUGUUGAAGACUAUUGAUUUUGGAUUGUCUAUGUUCUUUAAACCAGAUGAUGUGUUUACAGAUGUUGUUGGUAGUCCGUACUAUGUAGCUCCUGAAGUUUUGAGGAAGCAGUAUGGUCCUGAAGCUGAUGUGUGGAGUGCUGGAGUGAUUGUGUACAUUUUGUUAAGUGGAGUUCCUCCUUUCUGGGCUGAAUCCGAACAAGGUAUAUUCGAACAGGUUCUCCAUGGUGAUCUUGACUUCUCAUCAGAUCCCUGGCCAAGCAUAUCUGAAAGCGCAAAAGACUUGGUGAGGAAAAUGCUUGUUAGGGAUCCCAAGAAGAGACUAACUGCACACCAAGUACUAUGUCAACCAUGGGUACAAGUGGACGGCGUGGCUCCAGACAAGCCUCUGGAUUCUGCUGUUCUGAGCCGUAUGAAGCAGUUCUCUGCGAUGAACAAGUUCAAGAAAAUGGCUCUUAGAGUGAUUGCUGAGAGCUUGUCUGAAGAAGAAAUAGCAGGGUUGAAAGAGAUGUUUAAUAUGAUAGAUGCGGACAAGAGCGGUCAGAUAACGUUCGAAGAACUGAAAGCAGGACUGAAACGUGUAGGUGCUAAUCUCAAAGAGUCUGAGAUUCUCGACUUGAUGCAAGCUGCGGAUGUGGACAACAGUGGAACAAUAGACUACAAAGAGUUCAUAGCGGCGACGGUGCAUCUAAACAAAAUAGAGAGAGAGGACCAUUUGUUUGCGGCGUUUACGUACUUUGACAAGGAUGGGAGCGGUUAUAUAACACCGGACGAGUUACAACAAGCUUGUGAGGAGUUUGGUGUUGAGGAUGUUCGGAUAGAAGAAAUGAUGCGUGAUGUCGAUCAAGACAAUGACGGGAGAAUAGACUAUAACGAGUUUGUGGCGAUGAUGCAAAAGGGAAGCAUUGCAGGAGGAGGAGGUCCAGUGAAGAUGGGAGGACUAGAGAAAAGCUUUAGCAUUGCUCUUAAACUCUGAGUUUCAAUCUGUUACAAAACCAAAAGACAAAAACAAGAGUUUCUUGUGAUGCACAAGCCAAGAUUCUCAAAUCUUUUGAAUGAGAAAAUUGUCUUAAAGACUUGUGUUUGGAAA